AUGCCCACUCUCUCUCUCUCUCUCCCCGUCCGUAGCUGCAGUAAGGAAAAAAACUAAGCCAGGUCAAACUGUCUCGGCUUCGGAAAGGUCUAAAAGAGCUUCCAAGAAACACACGAACACCAAAAACGAACCUCGCCUUCUUUCCCCCUUUUCAUUUCUCUCUUCUGCGUCUCUGUUGAUUCCACCACGAACACCAGAAAGAAAAAUAAAGCACAUCUCCUGUAAUCUCUAUAGUUCGGUUACUAGCUUCUGCUCGAUCUGUAGAGAAAAGAAGGCAAAGCAAAUCAACUGGGAAGGAGGUGAGGGGGUCGUAAAGAAAGGAAAUAAGAGCUUGGUUUCGCGGUUUCUUAUCCAUGGGGGCUUGCUGGAGUGCUCGAAUCAAAGCCGAGAGUCCAUUUCAUACAGGGGUGAACUCGAAAUGUGUGAGCAAAGAUGGAAAUGACGUAAGUGGUUCAAGUAGCAGGGCCUCAGCUACUUCUGUGCCUCUAACUCCUCGUGGUGCAGGGGAGAUCAUUCCGUCCUCCAAUUUAAAGAGUUUUAGUUUCAGUGAACUCAAAAUGGCCACAAGAAACUUCCGGCCUGACAGUGUUUUGGGAGAAGGGGGAUUUGGAUCAGUUUUUAAGGGUUGGAUUGAUGAAAAUGCACUUACUGCUGCCAAGCCCGGAACUGGCAUGAUUAUCGCCGUUAAGAGGCUUAACCAAGAAGGCUAUCAGGGUCAUAGGGAAUGGCUGGCAGAAGUGAAUUACCUAGGGCAGUUAUAUCAUCCUAAUCUUGUGAAGUUGAUUGGCUAUUGCCUAGAGGAUGAGCAUCGGCUUCUAGUCUAUGAGUUUAUGCCUCGGGGAAGCUUAGAGAAUCAUCUAUUCAGGAGGGGAUCUUAUUUCCAGCCACUUUCCUGGAACCUCCGGAUGAAGGUUGCUCUUGGAGCUGCCAAAGGUCUUGCCUUCCUUCACAGUGCUGAAACAAAAGUCAUCUACAGGGACUUUAAGACAUCUAACAUCCUUCUUGAUUCAAACUAUAAUGCAAAGCUUUCCGAUUUUGGGUUGGCCAAGGAUGGUCCAACAGGUGAUAAAAGCCAUGUCUCAACCAGAGUCAUGGGAACAUAUGGAUAUGCAGCUCCAGAGUACCUAGCUACAGGUCAUUUGACUGCCAAGAGUGACGUAUACAGCUUUGGGGUUGUCCUCCUAGAAAUGUUAUCUGGCCGAAGAGCAGUGGAUAAGAAUCGGCCAUCUGGAGAACAUAACCUGGUGGAAUGGGCCAAGCCUUACUUGACAAACAAACGGAAAAUUUUUCGUGUUCUGGAUAGCCGUCUUGAAGGCCAGUAUUCAAUGGGCGGGGCCCAAAAGGCAGCAAAUCUUGCGCUCCAAUGCCUAUCCACAGAGGCCAGGUUCAGACCAAACAUGGAUGAGGUGGUGACAACAUUAGAGCAGCUUCAAGAUUUGAAGGAUGUUGAGAGGAACACACAAAAUGGAAACCACCCAAACCGGGCAAACCAUUCCACUGGUGGAACCAGGUCCCGCAGAAGAAAUGCUGAUGAAGGUCAGAAUGGAAAAGCAGCAUCUUAUCCCAGGCCAUCUGCUUCACCCCUUUACAGCAGAGAUUGAGAGAACUUAAUUUGGAUAUAAUCUUUCCUAUUUAAACAAAUCCAGUUGGCUUCCAGAUCAAAAAACAAAAAAGAAGUGUCAGGAAUUCGGAUAUGUAUUGUACCUAUAUUUAUUUGAUUACUGUACAGUUGUUGUUUUGACAAUGUAUUCAAAAUCAAGUUAUGUUACACCAUUUCCAGUUCUCAGAAAAUGAGGAACAUGAGCAAUAUUGCAAUCUGUGGUUCACAGACAUUUUUGUAAACAGCACAAGGGACUUUUAUAAUCAUGAAAAAAGAAGGGCAUAGGGGUAUAGAGCGCUUUUGCGUGUAAAUUAUAGUUGAGAAGCCUGAAA